AUGAACAGAUCCACUCUUAACGGCAAACGCGGCCGAAGUGGCCAUAAAGUGAAGCUCAACUCACUUCUCAGGCGGGGAUUGAAGCGCACAAAACGGGACACCAGUGAUCAUCGCAUGUCCUCCGAUGACAAUGGACGACAGUACGAGUGUUUCGCCAACUGUUCCGCCGCAGACACGGAGCACAUCUAUGGCCACAACAACGGAUCCAUAUGUUUUGCCACAAACAGAGAGUCGGACGACGACAUCGAGAUCGUGGCCGUCAUCUCCGCGCCCACCGCUCAGACCACAGGCGCCGCCACUGCCGGCCCAUCAAUCGCAUCACUUCCGCCACCAGUAUUAUCAUUGCCGCCCGUAGUAUCGUCACCGAUGUCUUCGCCAUCAUUAUCGACAUCAGUGACAACCGUAGACACAGCCAUACAGUCGGUGGCGGUCGCGCAGACCGUACCUAAUGAGGGACGACGGCUGUCUGUGGUGUCGGACACCAUCAACCCUACGGUAACACCAGUUCCCUCCGACACUGAAAUGGAUCCGGACAUCGAUGACAGCGGUGAUUUGUUAUACGCGUCCGACGAUGACCUGACGGCCGACGGACAAUACAGCGACACU